GACAAACCCCCAAAUUAUCUUCCAUGUGUUCUUAACCCAUUCUCACAUUUUCUUGUAUUAUAUAAACUCCCCACACCUUCUUCUUCUUCUUCACUUUAAUUAUUUGAUCCUCACUUAGUGUAAGACACAUAGAAGAAUAUGAUGAUCAAGUUUAGGACAAAGAGGUUUUAUAGAAGCAGCUCCAAGGUUGGGAAAGAGAACACUACUACCCAAGAAUGCAAAACCAACAAUAAUAAUAAUGUUGGUGAGAUCAAAUGGGAACUUAGGCCUGGUGGCAUGCUUGUUCAGAAAAGGGAGUUUAACAACAAAAGUAGUGAUGAUGGAGAAGGCAUAAUCACAAUUAGAGUUUCAACUGUCUCACAAUGCUAUGACAUUUCUGUUGAAGCCACUUCAACUUUUGGGGAAUUAAAAGUGAUUCUUUCACUUAUGACAAGUUUGGAGCCAAGAGAACAGAGGCUUCUCUUCAGAGGAAAAGAAAGAGAUGACAAUGAAUUUCUACACAUGGUUGGUGUUAGAGACAAGGACAAAGUUCUGUUGUUUGAGGAUCCAGCUAUUAAGGACAAGAAGAUGAAGCUUCUUGGAUUGAAAAAUAAUACUUGUUGUACCAUCACUGCAUGAUGAUGAUACAUGAUCAUCACUCUAAUUGAAGAAAUCCAUAAUUAUUAGUUUAAUUUAGUACUAACCUGAAAAUGAAAUGAAAAGAGAAAUGGAGGGAGUUUUAAUUUUAAUGUCUUUAUUAGCUUUUGUUUGUCUUAGAAUAGAAACUUAAUUAAUUAAUAUUUACUUAUCUGGUGGUUGGAGCCUUCCUUGAAUUAAGAAUGGUGGAAGGUGAUAAAAUCCCAUGUCAUUAUGUAAAGUAAGUUGCAACUCUAUGAUCAAUAGAAGUGUGAUUCCCUUUGUAUUGUAUUA